CUCUCUCUCUCUCUCAUAUGAUGUAAUCUCCAUCCCUAUAUAUGCGCACAAAUCAGAUUUCAUCCACUCCGCGGCCGCUCAAUUGUCGCUUCUUCGCUCAAUUCUCUCGUUCUCUGCCAUUGAAUUGAAAAUAUCUCAUCCCAGUCCUCGCUUAUAAAAUUUCCCGGAAAGUUCAAGAAGGGAAAAGAAAAGGAAAACCAAGCACUACCACCGCAUUUACAGCAAGAUCUGCGCCGAUUCCACUCUCUUGUAUCAGCUAAGAUGGGUUCGAGUGAUGGGAAGAUUCAUCCAGCGACUUGUAAUGGGAACAUUAAGGAAACCCCCUUUAAGAUCUUUGUGGGUUAUGAUCCGCGUGAAGAUCUCGCAUAUGAGGUCUGUCGCCACUCAAUUUCGAAGCGGUCUUCAAUCCCUGUUGAGAUCAUACCAAUCAAACAAUCAGAGCUGCGAAAGGAGGGCCUCUAUUGGCGUGAACGAGGGCAAUUUGAAAGCACCGAGUUCUCUUUUUCCCGGUUCUUGACGCCACAUUUGGCGAGUUACGAAGGCUGGGCAAUGUUUGUGGAUUGUGAUUUUCUUUACCUUGCUGACAUUAAGGAGCUUCGAGACUUGAUUGACGAUAAGUAUGCUGUAAUGUGUGUUCAACAUGAUUAUACCCCGAAGGAGACAACAAAAAUGGAUGGAGCAGUGCAAACCGUGUAUCCGAGAAACUGGUCUUCCAUGGUGUUGUAUAACUGUGGGCAUCCCAAGAACAAGGUCUUGACACCCGAGGUUGUGAAUAAGGAAACGGGUGCUUUUCUUCAUAGGUUUCAGUGGCUCGAGGACAAUGAAAUCGGGUCGAUCCCAUUUGUAUGGAAUUUUCUUGAGGGACAUAACAAGGUUGUCGAAAAUGAUCCCCAAACACAACCCAAGGCUGUACACUACACUCGUGGAGGACCGUGGUUUGAGGCUUGGAAGCAUUGCGAGUUUGCCGACCUGUGGUUGAACGAGAAGGAGGAUUACGUGAAGGAAUCAACGAAGAAAACAGAGACUUAGGAAGAAUCGGUAGCUGUCGACUGGCGUACUCUAUUUGAAGUUUGAGAUUCGUUAUUAAAGUUCAUUUUUAUCCUGCUCUCCUCUAUUCUUUAUGUGAAAUGUGUUGAAUGAAUCCUAGAAGAAGUUAAGAUGAAUUUACUAUUUGUUGUAGCAAUUAGAAAUUCCUUCUACAAAUUGACCUUUGUUCAAAGGAUCACAUUGUUGGAUAAUUUGCAGUUUUCAUUGUAUUAUUUUAAAUCAUUUCCUUCCAAAAGCUUGUACUUUAUGUUUGUUUACCCAGAAAAUCAAGGAGUUCGCAUACCUUGAUGUUGAGGCACUUUGAGAACA